CACAUGAAUGAAUAGGUUGAAAACUUCAAAAGAUUUCGAUUUUGCUUAGUCUUGAGUUCGGCUCAACAUGUCAGUGUUUCUAGUAUUUAUCAUCAUAUCGUGCCUCUGUCUCGGCCUAGGAAAUACAGCUUGUCCUUGUUCAACUCCGGAGUUAUGUGAACCAAUUAAAAACACAACGAGAAAAGAGGUGUUUAUAUUUUCUCUAAGUGAAGAGAAGGAAGUGUGGAGUAAAUAUGAUUAUAAUAAAGUGACUACAGUAGUAAUGGUGGGAUAUCAUAAUGAUGAGUUGAUGUGUCAUGCUCAUGGAAAGGGUGUCAGAGUUGUCAUGAUAGGUGAUAUUGAUAAAAAGAAGCUUAUUAAUGCCAGUGAAAGAACCAAAUGGGUGAAAAACAUUGUUUAUAAUGUAUCAGUACAUCAUUUAGAUGGAGUCAAUAUAGAUUUUGAACAAACUAUACCUAAGAAUGAGUUAGAUCUUCGGAGAGCUCUGACAUCAUUGGUUGCUGAAACUAACCAGAAACUGAAGGAGCAGUCUAAAUAUUACCAGAUGACUGUAGAUGUAGCAUGGAGACAGCCGUGUGUUGAUGAUAGAUGUUAUGAUUACUAUGCUUUAUCUAAAGUCAGUGAUUUUCUGUUUAUAAUGGCGUAUGAUGAGAGAUCACAGAUUCUAGGGGAAUGUAUUGCUGGAGCUAAUUCGGCUAUAACUAAUGCAGCUAUAGGAAUGAAGAGCUACUUGAAUCUAAAUAUACCAGAAGAGAAGCUAGUAUUAGGUGUACCAUGGUAUGGUUAUAGAUAUCAAUGCUUACAGUUUGAUCCUAAGAAUAAUAAAUGUUCUAUAAAGAAAGUGCCAUUCAGAGGUGUAGAAUGUAGCGAUGCUGCAGGGCAACAGGUUGAUUACAAAAACAUAGCCAAACUGGUGAAAUCUAAACACAUCAAAAUAUUGUUUGAUAAUUCCACAAUGACACCUUUCUUUAAUUAUCAGGACAGUGGAAAUGAUUAUCAGUUGUGGUUCGACGGUCCUCAGAGUCUUAAACUCAAAUAUUUGUUAGCAGUGAAGAAUGGACUAAGAGGUGUUGGGAUGUGGAAUGCUGAUUCUCUGGAUUCUUCCAAUACCAUCAGUGCUCAGCUUCAGAGGAAAGAAAUGUGGGGAGCGUUGCCAGAAUAUAACUAG